AUGAAAAUCGACGAUCAAGACGAAGAAGCUGAACCUGUCAUCAUGCGAUUUCACGAUGCUGCUGGUGAGCGUGCUGAUCUGGGGCAUUUUGGAACUGUGGCUCGCUUACUUUUGGAUUUUGGUGCUGUCUUGGAACCAGACGACCCGGAGCACGAAGAGCAGUAUAUUACUCCACUACAUGUGACUUGUGAUGAUAACCAGUUGCAAGUGGCUCGGCUGUUUUUGGAUCGAGGAGCCAAGGUGGACGUCGAGACACGUAUUGUGAAGUUGCUAUUGGAUGGAGGUGCUGAUGUAAAUUGCAUGGAUGCAGAGGAAGAUGUGUAA